GAAAUGAAGUCCCGCCCCUCCAGCUCCCAGAUGUGCAGCGUGUGGACAGCUUUCAUCUUCUAGAGGCCAACAGCAGAGCUCUGAGACUUGGCCCUCAGACCUUGAGCCACCAGAGGCAAAAGCAGAAAUUACUGGAGACUGAAAUCAGUACCAGAAGGAAGGAGUGCGAAGCACUCGAGGCAGAGGUGAAGAAAAAGAAUCAAACAUGUCAGACUUUGGAGAAUGAGCUUCAAGACUUCCUUCAGGACAAUAAGCACUUGAACCUCCAGUUCUUUAACAAUAGCCACAAAGGAUCUGACCAUGAGAAGGUGAAGUCUGAGUAUGCCCAUCUCAAAGAAACCCUUGGUGCUGUGACGCAGGAGAGAGAUUUAGCCCUGUGGGAGAAGAACCAGCUCCAAGACAAACUGGAGAACCUAGAGCAGGUGCUCAAGCAUAUGCGCGAGGCUGCGGAGCGGAGGCAGCAGCUAGAGUUGGAGCAUGAACAGGCCUUGGCUGUACUCAAUGCAAAGCAGCAGGAGAUUGACCUUCUUCAGAAGGCUCAGGUUGAAGCAAAAAAGGAACAUGAAGGCGCUGUCCAUCUGUUAGAGAACCACUUGGACAGCAUGCAGGCCAAAGUACGUGAGCUGGAGGAAAAAUGUCGGAAUCAGAGUGAGCAGUUCAACCUCCUGUCAAAGGAGCUGGAGAAGUUCCGGCUCCAAGCCGGGAAGUUUGAUAUCCUCAGCACAGAACCGUUGACUUUAUGUGAAUCCCCGGGGUCGCCCAACAAAUCCCUGUCCCAGCUCCUCAAUGGACUGGCUGCCCCCAUAGGAAAAGGCAAUGAGGCUCCGACAAGCAGAUCUUUGAUAUCUGAGUUCAUUCGGCCGCUCCAGAUCAGUGGAGACAAGCCGGAGCUCCUCUCAGUCAAGCCAACAUUCCUCACUCGGAGUCGAACCCGCAGCCCAGCACGGGCUUUCCUCUCUGAUAUGGACAAGGAGCUCGGCUCAACGACCAGGUCCAAACUAAGGUUCACAGGGAAAGUUCGUCUGUGCAUCGCCAGGUACAGUUACAAUCCUUAUGAUGGGCCUAAUGAGCAUCCUGAGGCUGAGCUCCCCCUGGUGGCAGGAAAGUACCUCUAUGUUUACGGAACGAUGGAUGAGGAUGGCUUUUAUGAAGGAGAGCUGCUGGAUGGACAGCGGGGACUGGUCCCAUCCAAUUUUGUGGACUUUAUCAAAGAUGAGGAGAAAACAUCUGCCCAACCAAGGGACACAGUAUCUAAAGAACCUGGUUACCUCAACCACAGUAGCCUGGGGACACAGAGACAUGGGGUGGGCAAAGGAACAGGCAUAAGCAGCCUGCUGUGUGACAGUAAACUAGACUGUCUCAGCACCAGCAGCUUGGGCAUAGACCUCCUGGGCUCCUCCAGCAACGGGACAGGAACCUUUGAUGUCAACAUUGACGAAAUUGGUGAAGACAUUGUGCCUUAUCCCCGCCGCAUCAACCUGAUUAAACAACUUGCAAAGAGUGUGAUUAUUGGCUGGGAUGCUCCUGUAGUCCCACUUGGCUGGGGCACCAUCAGUGGCUACAAUGUCAUGGUGGAUAAGGAGUUGCGCAUGAGUGUCCCCUACGGGGGCAGGACAAAGUCUCUAAUUGAAAAGCUCAAUCUGGUCACCAACACUUACCGUAUCACAGUGCAGAGCAUCACCGACCGAGGCCCGUCAGACGAGCUGCGGUGCACUCUGCUCGUGGGAAAGGAUGUGGUGGUGGCACCUUACUACCUGCGAGUGGACUGCAUAACGCAGGUCUCUGCUGAGCUUUCUUGGAUGCCCAGCAACAGCAACUACAGCCACACCAUCUUUCUGAACGGUGCAGAAUAUGACAUGGUCAAAGCGGGAGGCUAUAAGUACAAGUUCUUCAACCUGAAGCCCAUGACCGUUUACAAGGUGAAGGUUGUGGCGCAGCCGCAUCAGGUGCCUUGGCAGCUUCCAAUGGAUCAAAGGGACAAGAGGGAAAUAUCUGUGGAGUUCUGCACUCAGCAUGCAGUGAGUGUAUUGUGUUCGCCAGGGCCUCCUCUCCCUCCCCAAGAGGUGCAGGUCCAGGUUGGUCAGUCGCCCGGGAUCCUACAGGUCAGAUGGAAGCCGCCGCCUCUGACGUCUUCAGGAACCUCCAACGGCGCCUGUGUGAUUGGCUACGCCGUGUGCACAAAGGGACAAAAGAUAGCAGAGGUCUUAUACCCCACAGCAGACUAUGUGAGCGUGGAGUUAAACAGGAUUCAGUGUCUGGAGGCCCGGGAAAUCAUUGUAAGGACGUUGUCAACACAAGGAGAGUCCCAGGACUCGCCCGUGGCCAUAAUCCCGCACAAUCUCUUGGGCUCUCCACACCUCUCCCGGAGGACCACAAGUCACCCUAUUCCCCACUCGCAGUCUCAACCAGUACACUCACAAACCCACCCUCCUUAUCCCUCAACAUACCCACCAAAUCACCCUCAGCCACAGGUUCAGCCUCUGCCUCAAACCCAACCCCACACGCUGCCCCACGCACAGCCGCACACUCAGCCUGGCCGCCGUCCCCCUCCUCAUCCGCAGACUCAUUUCCAGCGCCACCCCAUGUCCAAGUCCAAACCGUUAGUAAGUGCCAGAGAGUCAGAAACCAAAGAGCAUGAGGUGGGUUUACGGUCAGCCCCGCACUGGGAGCGUUCCCCCUCUCCGCUGCCUCCAAUGCGUGGACCCAACCUGGAGCCGCCGCACUUCCAGCCACGGCGAUCACCCUCUCCUCAGAGGAUCCUGCCUCAGCCUCAGGGAGUCCCCAUCCCCAACACCAUCGCCAAGGCCAUGGCCAGGGAAGCUGCCCAGAGAGUGUUUGCAGAGGGUAACCGGGUUGAGAAAAGGAACAUCUUCAGUGAUCGAGGUAACGCCAUACAUCCAGUCAACUCUGAUGAGGAGGAGGACGGCUAUGAUUCUCCUCAUGCAAGAAGGAGAGGAGCCUCAGUCGAUGAAUUCCUCAGAGGCUCGGAGCUGGGCAGACAGCACCAUUACCCUCACUACAGCCACAGUGAGGAGUACCACACAGAGAGCAGCCGGGGCUCUGACCUGUCUGACAUCAUGGAGGAGGAUGAGGAAGAUCUUUACUCCGAGAUGCAGCUGGAGGAGGGGCGCAGGCGCAGUAUCAACUCCCACAACACUCUUAAGGCUUAUUACAAGCGUCAGGACUUAGCCGAGGAAAGAGACUGCUGGGACCUCCAGAGAGAGGUGGUGAAGCAGAAGUCGCUGCGCAGCAAGCGUCUCCACAGCAUCCCGGAGGUGGCUGAGGAGGAGUCGGACUGUGUGGAUGGCAUGGGCCAACGCCUUUGCUUUGAAGACGGCGGGAGGCCGGGGACCCCGCACUCUCAGAGGAGGAUGUACCCCCAGAACAACAACAUCACCCCCAGGAAGAACUCCCGCUACCUGCAGCGCCAGCGCUCCUCCCCUCGCUUCACUGACAGCCGCUACUACUACUACAAUUCAGACGACCGCAGCUUGGGAAGACCCAACCGCCAGAGCACCAAGAGUCCUGACAGCGGUCUAGACUGUGGCAGUGAGGAAGAAGGCUCUCUGGGCCGGAGUCAUCGAGGGUAUUAUGCUCAUGGAAGCACCAUGCGGGGGCCGGUGCAGGUCAUCCACUGUGAAGGCCCAGUAGAAAGGCGUGCUCUGGCUAUGGGCCGUAAAAGAACUCUGACUCGACAGUGCAGUGUGGAGGAGGAGUUUCCAGGGACUUCAGCCAAAUCGGUCCACACGGGGGACUUAAGGAACAGGGAUCACUUUGGGCCUGGCCGAGACUGUAACUACUCCAGGGAAGGGGCCCUGAUCGACGGCCGGCUACACAUGCUGGACAGGGUCUAUUACAGCCCCCACAGGGAGGCUAGGGCCCACUCUUUGUCCAGGCUCAACCGGGACCAGCCGCUGAUCAUUGGGAACUCAUCAUCACAUGGGAACGCUGAUCGUCUGGAACACUCAGGGAGGAGGCUGGUUCACAUCGGCACCCCCUCUCAGCAACGGCCCAUCCCAUCCAUUGAGAUCACCAUGGACAGUAACAGUGAGGGGAGUGAGGGGAACCUCUCACCCGUCAAGGAGGAUGUUUACUAUGGCAGUGUAGCUCGGCGCAGGAUAUGGCGGUCUUUGUCCUCAGAGGAUCAAUAUGACGGCUAUGGCGGGCGCAGGCACGGGCGGGGACGGCGUUCCCUCGAUUACUAUGAUGAGUCGGAGCCAGACGAGAUGACCCGAGUGUUUGUGGCUCUGUUUGAUUACGACCCCAUGUCCAUGUCUCCCAACCCUGACGCGGCGGAUGAGGAGCUGCCAUUCAAGGAGGGCCAGAUCAUCAAGGUGUUUGGGAAUAAAGACACAGAUGGCUUCUACAGAGCUGAGAUCCGAGAUAGAGUGGGUCUGAUCCCCUGUAACAUGGUUUCUGAAAUCCAGACGGAGGAUGACGAUAUGAUGGACCAGCUCCUCAAACAAGGUUUCCUACCACUCAACACUCCUGUGGAGAAGUUAGUGAACUGUGACCGUUUCAAAGAUGGACGCUCAAUUAAUCGCAGAUCCAGAAAGUCUAAGCGAGAGAGAAAUAGACGGAGUGGCCGUCAACAUCCCAUGUCGACACGUAGAAUGGUGGCACUGUACGACUACGACCCUCGAGAGAGCUCCCCUAAUGUUGACGUAGAGUAUGAGGGCAACAGACUGAAUGAGGAGGCUGAACUGACUUUCUGUGCCGGUGAUGUCAUAUCAGUUUUUGGUGAAAUUGAUGAAGACGGCUUUUACUAUGGCGAGCUCAAUGGACACAAGGGACUCGUUCCUUCCAACUUUCUUGAAGAAGUGCCUGAUGAUGUAGAGGUUUUUCUCACUGACUCACCAUCUCGAUACCCCCAGGACACUCCAGCACGGAUAAAGACCAAAAGGGUUCCACUGGAAAAAUCGUCUCCGCGCAGAGGAGCACCCUCUCCCACAGUGCGUCCCCACGUCGCUGGCUCAGGCCCUGCCACCGUGGGGCCCGGCAGCCCCAUCAGGUCCCACUGGACAUGUACUCCUCCAAACAGAGAAGGGGACUGCUCUCCAAAAGGGAAGAAACUAUUGGAAAGACUGGGCACUGUAAAAUAAUGAUCGAGUGUCAUCCAACAAAGUGAAGAAAAAAAAAAAAAGAAAUUCUAACAGAGGACAGUUGGCAUUUAUUCUUGUACAUCUGUUGUAUACUAGAGUAUUUGUAUUUUGUUAACAGUAUCAACAACAUAU